AUGUCCCGCUAUCUCCGACCGGCCACCCGGCUGGCUGCCGCAUCUGCACGAGUCCAGGCCACCAGACCCGCGACGUUAUCGCCCUUCCUCGCCCGGUCAGCAGCCGUCUCGCCACUACAAAAACGAACCUAUGCCGAUGCCUCCGGGGUUAAGGAAUACACUGUCCGUGACGCCCUGAACGAGGCGCUCGCUGAGGAGCUCGAGGCGAACGACAAGGUGUUCAUCUUGGGCGAAGAGGUGGCUCAGUACAACGGCGCAUACAAGGUUACAAAGGGCCUGCUAGACCGCUUCGGCGAAAGGAGAGUCAUCGACACUCCCAUCACCGAGAGCGGCUUCUGCGGCUUGGCUGUUGGCGCUGCGUUGAGCGGCUUGCAUCCGGUGUGCGAGUUCAUGACGUUCAACUUCGCCAUGCAGGCGAUCGAUCAGAUCGUCAACUCCGCCGCUAAGACGCUGUACAUGUCUGGCGGUAUCCAGCCAUGCAACAUCACGUUCCGUGGCCCCAACGGCUUCGCGUCCGGUGUCGGCGCGCAGCACUCGCAGGACUAUUCGGCGUGGUACGGCAGCAUCCCUGGCCUCAAGGUCGUCUCCCCCUGGUCGGCCGAGGACGCCAAGGGCCUGCUGAAGGCGGCCAUCCGCGACCCCAACCCCGUCGUGUUCCUCGAGAACGAGCUCAUGUACGGCCAGUCGUUCCCCAUGUCGGAGGCGGCGCAGAAGGACGACUUCGUGAUCCCCUUCGGCAAGGCCAAGAUUGAGCGCGCUGGCAAGGACCUGACGAUCGUAAGCUUGUCGCGCUGCGUCGGCCAGGCCCUGACGGUCGCCGAGAGCCUUAAGAAGAAGUACGGCGUCGACGCCGAGGUCAUCAACCUGCGCAGCGUCAAGCCGAUCGAUAUUGAGAGCAUCGUCAAGUCCGUCAAGAAGACGCACCGCCUGAUGGUCGUCGAGUCGGGCUUCCCGGCCUUUGGCGUGGGUGCCGAGAUCCUCGCCCUGACCAUGGAGUAUGCGUUUGACUACUUGGAUGCCCCGGCCCAGCGUGUCACUGGUGCCGACGUGCCGACCCCGUACGCUGCCAAGCUCGAGGAGAUGAGCUUCCCGUCUGAGGACGUGAUUGAGAAGUACGCCGCGAAGCUUCUCCGUCUUUAA